GGUGGGGGCCCGGCCAUGGCGCGGCUCCGCGGUGAGAGACCGGCGCAUCCGCGGCAGUUCUGCACGAGAGCGGCAGCCAUGAACAAGCAACAAGAAGCGCAGUCGGAUUCCGUGUCCACCGUUGGGGUCAGCGUCAAGGACUACCCCCCCUCGGAUGUCUACGUCUCGGAGCCACCCCCAGCUUACAUGAAACCAAAAGCUAAUGCCGUACAGAUUGCGAAAAUCAUCGCGUUCACUGUGAUAACAUGCAGUUUCAUCUUAGGCUCGUUUAUGUUAGCUGCCGCUUACGUUCAGGCUAACGCAUCUUGUUCCCAGCUCCUCCAGGCUGAGGCGCUUCUCCACCAGCAGAACGACGAUGGAGACCACCCUUCAUACCAGGCGUUGGUGGACCCUCUUCAGUCGGAGGAGAGCAUGGACUCAAAACAGGAGUCCUCCGUGAACAGCAACAGCAUUCAGGAGCCCGCGCAGAAGGUGUCACAACCUCCCUCAAUGGCGCAGACGCAGCAGCAACAGCAACAGUCCUAUUUCCCCCAACAACAACAGCAGCAGCAACAGCAACAACAGCAGAAUCAGGGACAACAGCAACAAGCCGACGCCGGUCUCCCCAUUCAGAUCAAGCUCCCGCUCCAGCUCGAUUUCGAUGAUCUCGCCGCGUCUCUGUUGGAGAAGAACCAGCGGUCACGAAUGAACUGUGUGGUGGAGAAAAGGCGCGCUGAGGAGGUGAUGGACCACAAGCCAAAGAUGGUGCGUCUCCCAUUCGGAGUUAACCUUACCACGGACCCCCGCUACGAACAUGUCACCGGUGAACGUAUGGCCAUCUUUUGUGAAAGUGGUCAGGAUGCCAGACACACCCCAAUGGAGUCAGUGGCCCAACCGAUCAUGGUCCCCGUCCCAAUGGGUCACCCAAUCCCGAUGAACAUGCCAAUGGGAGGUCACGCCGCCCCGCAGCACGGUCCAUGGGUCGGCCCCAACGUGCCAAUGAUGGGCCCCCACAUGGGACCCAUGAUGGGCCCGAGCCAGCCGAUGAUGGGCCCCCACGUGCCAAUGAACCAGAUGGGUCCUCACGGCCACUACCACCCACACAUGAUGGGCCCCGGCCCCAUGAUGGGUCCUCACCCCCACCCACACCCACAGCCUCACCAACCCCCUCACCACUCUCACGCCCCCCAUGUGAACCAGAUCCCCAUCUCCAUCUUCACCAAGCUCCAGCAAGAUGACAGCUCCAGCCAGCGCCAGUCCGGUGAGGGUGACGACCAGCCGAUCACUAUCAUCGCUCGUGAGGAACAAGUCAUCCCCAUCUUCCAGGAGAGCCGUGGAUCCCAAUCGGGCCCGGUAGGAGGUCAGAUGUCGGUGGAGUCGCGGACGCAGCAGAGCUCUGAGGAGCGGGAGCAAGAGCGCGAGCGUGGACCGAUGCAGGCAGUCAUGGCCGAAGCCCGGCUCGUCCCGGAGGCCCGCGCCCUCCUCGCGGAGAUCCCUGAGGACCGCUCGCUGAACCUCCCGGCCGUCCCCGCGGAGAUGGUCCGUCCGCCACCCCUCCCCUUCCAGCGCAUGCCCGUCAACGUCGUCUCGCCCAGCAUGAUCCAGGACGACAACGUCCCCGAGCAGGACGAGCAACCCCGACCCCACUACGUGCAGCCACGGUCUGUCCGCAGCACGGACAGAUUGCUGAAACCAGAGGAGCGCAAGAGACGAGUUCGUCGUGGAACUUGCGAGUGCACGCUCCACUAAUCGAAUACUUUGAAACAGUACCGAUCGGGAAUUCCUAACUGGACGCCUAACCUCCCACCCACUCGGCAAGACCUCCCUCCGAACUUCUGAGUGAAGAUCCGCUUCCAUCCGUUCCCGCGGGGCGCUCCAAACUUAGAUCUAAAACUGCGAACAUAAUCGGAUAAAAGAAACAUCUUUUCUAAUCAAAAAGUAUUUUUAACAUGAUUCCUAAAUGGGACAAUUUUUGGGCAGGUGUGAUAAAUUAAACCGCAUUCUCUAUUGAAUGAAUUCUGGAAGAAUAAAAAAUUUAAGCGUACCUAAUAAUUAUUCCUCACGAUCAGAGAAUUCAGAAUGUACUCCUGGGAAAUAGGUCUUUCGAUUUUAACCCCUUUUUUAUGUCGCACUUUCCCAUUUCACUCGUGUGCUAUUUCCUUCGAUCUUUUUUCUUUUACUCUUAUUACUAAGUAAGGUAUUUUUGGCGCCAUUCAAGAAAAAGGUUUUCGUAUUUUUUCAUUCCUGAGGUCUUUCAGUGGGCAACGGUGAUUGAUAACGUCUUCCAGAAUUUUCGCCGUGCGCGGAACGACGUCUAGAUUAGUUAAGAAGCCCAUUGCUCUGUUAAUGGAACCUAUUUUGAGUCUUUCAGUAAUUAUUUUUAUUUUUGGAAAUGACGUCAUGUUACCUUUACGAACCGAAAGGCCGACAGGCUGUGAAAUUCUGGGACGCAAGAAAUAAGUGUGCUUACACUAUCGAUGGGAAAUAAAUGAGGUAGCUAUGCUCUUAGUUCUCUUGGGUUUGCGGUCUUCAAAACUGUUCUCGUGCCAAGUAAACAAAGUAUGCGUGAGAAACAUGCACUAAAUUAAGUUUUAGAAUAAGACUGAGAAUUUCACAUCCCUGAAAAGCAAAAACUCUCAUAAAGAUGAACCAGCUGAUAGUCGCAAAUGAUUUAGUUUCUAGGGAAUUGGGCGUGUUUUACUAUGUUCCGUUGAUUAUUUUGUGUAUCUAGGACGCUUUGUAAAUACUGAUGUUCAUAACGAAUUACCUAACCAGCCUCAUUUUAACAGUAACCUGCUUUUGUGGAACAUUUUGUUUUAAGUGAUAGUAAUUGAUUUUUAGUUGCAAUCCGACAAGAAAAGCGUCCUUUGUCGCUUUUUUACUAAAUAAAGCAACGUAUCUAAGUGGAUUGGAGCAUUUGUCUCUCAUCGAAAAAUCGCCAAAUUCGACGAAAUUCAAGACGAUUUAGCAAAAUCUGUAGGUGUAUAAUAAUAUUUCAAUGCAACACUUUGAUAUUAAGGUUUUAUUCUCUUCAAAAUCAUUUCUUUGAAACGUGAUGCGUGUAAAUAUUUGAAAUUGUCAUUUUUAAAAACGAGGACAGAUAAUAAAGAACUAUUUCGUUAGUUACCAUU